GGUGUGGGGAGAGGACGUCCGGCACUCGGCAGCCUCUCUGUGGAAGCUGGCGGGAAAGUGAGACCGCAGUUGUUUCACGUUUGACAUGUAUCCGGUUCUGUUUUCUCGUAUCGGAUAUUGGUUCAUUUUUGGUUCCAUAGUCUUGUGAUUGGACAAAUACCCAUAUCUUGCAGAAGAAGAAAAAGAAGAAAAUAGAUUAACUGUUGUGAUACUUGGGAGAAAGUUUGGUUCGGAUCGCAGCGAGCAAGUGUACUUCAAAACGAGAAAAACAAUUAAAGGAAUUUGACUGUGUCUAAUAUGCCCUAUUAGGAUCUAGAGAUUACAUUUGGAACAUAAUAUUUCAAUAAAAAAAAAGCAAAGUUCAGACGAUAUUUCGUAACACUUACUACGCCAAUACGCAACGACAAAAAGAGAGACAAGCCGAAACAAAAACAACAACAACAAAAGCAGUAAAAAAAAGAAAAAAAAAGACACUGAUAAAGCAAGGAAUAUCAUGGCCAGAGAAGCCGCGGUUGUCACGAGUCGCCACAUGGGCCUCCGACCGCUGCGGACGGCGUGACUGAGUGACAAGCCGUAACGACCGCUCCGUGUGACGUGGAUGUCCCAGGCUGCCCCCGUGAAACUACCAUGAGCCGAGACGCUGACGGGAACAAGAAGAAAAACACGCUGCAGUCUGGGAAGCGGGGACAGUCCGACGAUCAAACCAUAAAGGAGUUCGCCGAGACCGCCAUGAACGAAUUACUGGGCUUGUACGGCUACGGGAAGGUGGACAGUCGCGACACCCUCGGCCUGUCGCUGCACCGCUUCGCCAGCCACAGUCCCCCUCACGCCGCCGCCGCCGGCAACAGCCCCCCUUUGAGAACCGCCAAUCACAGCCCUUCGCGCCAACCCAGACAGAGCCCGCCACUCUCGUCUGCCAAUCACAGCCCGCAGCCCCAUCCUUCAGAUCACGAGCAUGACGCCGAUUCGCUGGAUUCCGACGGCAUGCCCGUUCCCGCUCAGAUCGAGAGCAGCGCCCGGAGUCUGAGCCCCGGGAAGACGGAGGGAUCGGGGUCCUCGCGGGGAAGCACGCCCAAGUCAGACAGCGGCGGCGCGACGGGCGGCGGCGGGGGCGGCACGGGCGUGGUGCUGUGCUCGUGGUGCGGCCGCGUCUGCACGAGCGGCGGGCGGCGGGGCGGCAGCGCCUUUCAACUCCCGACGACGAGCGGCGACCGACACUUCUGCUCCGAGGUGUGCUUCACGCAGUGCCGGAGAGCCUCGUUCAAGAAGAGCAAAGUGUGCGACUGGUGCAGGCACGUGCGGCCCACCGUCACUUACGUGGACUUCACCGACGGGGAUCAUCAGUUGCAGUUCUGUAGCGACAAGUGCCUCAACCAGUACAAGAUGCAGAUCUUUUGCCGCGAGACCGAGGCUCACCUGCAGAUGCACCCGCACCUGAACGACCUGAAACCUGCCUCCAGCAGCGGCCUCAUCACCCCCGACCUCUGGCUGAGGGACUGCAGUCAGACCAGCGAAGCGGACUCCGGGCCAGAGGGCGACGUGCGGGUGAGUUCACCGAGCUCGCCGCCUGCGCCUGCCACGCCGCCGCCCGCAUCGCCGAGCCCCUCGGAACCCGUCAACCUCACAACGCAGUCCUCCUCCAGGAGCGAGCCCCGCGCCUCGCCGUCGCUCUCGCAGGCGUCGUCGGCCUCGGGUCGCGCCGGCCAGUCCAGGUCCUCGGAGGGCCGGAGCCCGGGGCCGCUGCCCGCGCCGCGCUACGGCCGCCCCAGGCUCAGGGACCGGCGCGACGGCGGGCGGGAGGUCGGGCGGCCGCGCACUGUGCGGGCGUCGCUGCAGAUGGCUCGCGCAGCGCACGGCGAGAAGAGUGACGAGGUGCGCAUGCCGGCCAUCCGUGUGCGGCAGCUGGAGGCGCAGCAGCAGCACGAGGCGGCGGCGGGCGAGAGGGAGCUCCCUAGCAGCAGCAGCGUAGGCGAGGGCGGCGGAGAUGUGUCCCCUCAUCCUCCGGCGCAACCUCCGGGCCUGCCCCUGGGCGGCCUGGGCGGCGGCCUAGGGAGCCUGCUACCCAUGGUGGGCGGCGCCCCACUCCUGCUCCCUCACAUGUUACCUCAUGAUCUCCCGCGGACGCCUCUCCUGCCUCACCUCCUGCUGCAGCAUCCAGAGCUGUUGCGCCCUCCCCCCCUGCGCCAUCCGCUGCUGCCCGUCCCGCCCGCGCCCGCCCCGCCCACGCCUGCACCGCCCACGGCCAUCCCUCCGCCGCAACCAGGGCCGCCCAAAGCCCCCGGCUCCCUCCUACCUCCCGUCACUGUGCUUCUGCCGUGCCCUAUACCCAUCCCCAUCCCCAUCCCCAUCCCGGUGCCAAUCCCGAUACCCAUCAACACUCGGGGCGAGGCCUCCGAGGGCCGGCCGAGCCCCCAGAAGGAGGCAGCAGGACGCCAGCGUCCGGCGCAGCGCAAGGACGCAAGUCGGUCGGGCUCGGUUAUUGCGGGGCCCGUCGGUGCUUCUACCAGCUCGGGGUCGGCGCCCCCCGCCUGCGGUGCCCCUGCGCCGCCGCCUCCACCCACCACGUCAUCCUCCUCCAGCGAGGGCGAGAGACCGCCGUACCUCCGGCCGGACCGUGAGCGCCGCAGCAUCCUCCGGUACACGUCCGACGUUUACGAGAUCAACGGCGUGUUCCUCCAGCGGGACUCGGCGUGGGAGGCCCCGGAGCCGCUGCAGCUGCGGCGGGCGCUGGUGGGCGACCCGAGCCAUGACUCCUUCAACCACCAGCACGACUUUGACUCCCGUGAAGUAUCCAGGACGCCGUCACCGGGCCCCGCGGAGGACAACAAGGACGCCCUGGCCUCCCUCACGAGGAAGAGGGAGGAGGAGACGAGCACCGUCAAGAGACUGCUCGGCGAGGACGAGGAGGAGGUCAAGGAGAGGGUCUCGGGAGAGGCGUCAGACCCGGAAGGACCCGCGACGUCCACCGCCGCCGCCGCCGCCACCACAACCUCCAGCCCCGCCGCGUCCACUAGCCGGAAGCGACACCCUGCCAACGACCACCACCAGCAGCCGCUGCCGAAGAAGAAGCACUUGCUGGUGUGACCAAGGCUUGGCAGCGCGGCCGAGGCCCACCGGUCUCAAGGAGGCCUGGCUUUCCCUCACCGGCUCGGGUGAUUCCUCGCGACGGCGUCUCUCGGCUGGCGUCUCGGCAGGACCUCGGACGAACACUCUGGGGCGACGCCCGAACGCGGCGGCUUCUUCAAUUGGUGUCCAGGAUCACUCUCAGAAUGGGUUUUGGUCAUACGAUGGGUUUCCCAGAUGCCAAGACCACCGUGAAGUGAAUGGCUAAUGAAGGGUUUGGCCUGCGAUCUUUAAUCGACUGAAGAUGGAUGCAGGAUAAAGCAGUUGUUGGGGAGGAUUCGGCUUGGCUGGGGUUGGCAUGUCCUCCACCCGCUGGAGCCGAGUUCUACGCCUCCCUGCUUCUGCGAUGUUGAAAGAUCACUUCAAUAUUUUUUUGCAGAUUUCUGAGGAGUUUUGACACUAAAGAAGACAUAAGAGCAGCGUUUUUGAUACAGUUAUUGGAAAUAUUCAACAAAGAUUUUUCGUACUAUCAAAGGCCCUUUUGGCAGUCAAUAUCUUCUUUGCUUUCUUAUUCUUAUGAUCUUGCAGUAAAUGCAUGGUUCUUACACGUUUACGAUAAAAAAUAAUUUUGUUCAUCAUUUGCACUUUGCUGUUGUAAUUCUGUAUGCAAACACCCGGAACAAAUGGCAGAAAAAGUCGGACGAAAGAACUAGACACAGAACUGUCACAGCACUAAAGGAUAAUGUUAGCAACUUGACAUCUCUUUGGCAGCUUUUCUCUUUUGUCUUCAGCCACCACUAGCGAGACGCCUGGCACUCCCUGGCACUCCUAUGCACAAUGGUGUCACAAUCGGUGUGUUUUUGAUCAGUACGAAAAGCUUUUAUGUAUCAUAAUUGUACAAUGACUUUCUAGAGGUGACUGUAUAUACAGCGAUAUUAUAUUCAUAAACCAAGUGUUAUAAAUGUUUGAUGUUGAUAUUAUAUAUAUACAUGUAUAUGUGCCACAUAAUUAUCUUUUUCACAUACUUUUGUAGUGAGGCUGUUAUUUUUUUUUCUUCUUCAUUUUUUUUUUUUUUAAUCUCUCUUUCUUUCUUUCUCUCGCUCGUUCCCAAGAGAUCUAGUCACUGGGGCUGGUAUACAGUAAGUGUAUUUACCAAGGUAGAGUGGUUAUGUUUAGCUUCUUCCACAGCUGUUGCCACACUGAGAGGGGUCACAGUUAUACCGUAGAUUUACAAAGGGGGGGACGAAGUAACGUUCUUUAUUACGAAACAUGAGGAUAACGAAGACACAUGAGGCGAUCACGUGAAAUAAACGAUUUUAAAAGAUAGAUUUGGUAUUUUAUCCUUGUCUGUUAUUUUCAGGUUUGGUCAUGGUGGGGAUGUCUGUGAGUGACUGGAUGCGCGUGUGUGUGAAUGAAUAAAUAUGCGAAUAUAAUAAUGAAAAAAAAUCACAAUCUAGUUACUGGUCAAAGUCAUGUCUGAGGUUCGUCUCUGCUAGUCAAGUGCUGCUUUCCUCGCGAUCUGUCGAGGUUAGGUGAUAUUUUUUAAAUCUUUACAACCAAUGGAAAGACUGUAAGUGUCCAUGACAAUACUUUAUAAACUGCACACACUUAAGUGUGUGUGUAUACAUGCAUAAAUGCAUAUAUAUACAUAUAUAUACAUAUGUGUGUGUGUGUGUGUGUGUGUGUGUGUGUGUGUGUGUGUGUGUGUGUGUAUUUGUGUGUGUGUGUGAAUACAUGCACAUUAAAAUAGAGAAUGAACGUGUCUGCUACAUGUUGUAAAGAUGAAAAAGGAUUUUGGUGAAUAUUACGGAAACUCCGAACUACAUUUACCAUUUUCAUUCAGUGUAACAAAAGAUACCAUCAAUAAUCAUGGGUCAUCCAAGUAUUUCAGAGACCAUCCUCUCCCGACUCUAAAAAAGACAAGUACUUCACCUAAAUCAAAACGGUAACCCCUUUACUUUCUUUCUUUUUUUUUUCCUUCUUCUAUCUCCAUUUUUUCGCUAGUCUACCACUCUGCCCUCGCCUAAUAUGUAGACCAUGAUAUGUGCUUUAGGUUUGUCAUGUCCAUUCCAGUCCCUCGUUGUCCAGGUAGCAGCAGCAUCUGUAAUAAAAUGAUCACUUAA